AUGUCAACAUGGAUUCAGAACAUCAAAAAGUCAAGAACAAUGACGACAAUAGUGUUGCUAAUGUAGCAACAGUGGCGGACGUGUCUCAAAAGAUCCCUAAAAUAUCCAAGGCAUGCACCUCAAUCCUCGACAAUGACCUUUACAAGUUCACUAUGCAACAGGCAGUGCGACAACACUACCCCAACACUCCCUGUGACUACAGCUUCAAUAAUCGGUCUCCAGAGGUAACACAGCUCUCCGCUAAAGCUAUUCCAUGGUUACAAGAAAAAAUCCAGGCGAUGAAAGAUCUUUCUUUGACCCCGGAGGAGCGUGUAUUCCUGGAAACCAAAUGCCCAUAUCUUUCAAAAGAUUACUUGGACUGGUUACAACAUGAGUUUAGGUUCAAACCCAGUGAACAAGUCAAGAUUGAGUAUUUGGAUUCAGUAUCAGGAUCAGACAAUCAAAAGAUCAAAAUCACAGUGACGGGUAAUUGGCACCAAGUGAUUUUGUAUGAAGUACCACUUCUAGCUCUUGUCUCAGAGGCCUAUUUCCGGUUCGAAGAUCAGGAUUGGUCAUACGAAGCAGAGCGAUUAAUUGAGGCUGGAGCCAAAUUCGCAGAGUUUGGGACACGUCGACGACGAGAUUAUGAAACUCAUCGAAUUGUACUCGAAGGAAUAAUUGCAGGAUCGUCAUCGUCAUUGUCAUCAUCAUCAUCAUCUGUUGCUUCUGCAGGAGGAGAAGGAAAAGAAAGACAAAAAGGGCUCUUGACUGGAACUAGUAAUUUACAUUUUGCUCAUAUAAUGAAUUUAACGCCGAUCGGAACCAUGGCUCAUGAAUGGUUUAUGGGAACAGCCGCUAUUUUGAAGGACGCUAGUCGAGCGAAUGCAACGAGCUUAGAGCGCUGGAGCAAGACAUAUCCAGAUCAAGCGUUAGGGAUUGCCUUAACGGAUACAUUUACCACCGAGGCAUUUUUGAAAACAUUCCGAGGUCAGGUGGCCAGAGAAUGGACGGGUGUACGACAUGAUUCUGGAGACCCAUUCGAGUUUAUAAAACGGAUUGUGAAGCAUUAUGAUGAAGAUCCGCUUGUAGGGCCUGAAUUGAGACGGAAGAAGAGGAUUGUCUUUUCGGAUGGAUUAAAUGUUGAGCGGACGAUUCGAUUAUUAAAUGCAGCUGAGGAACAAGGAAUCGAGGCAUCCUUUGGGAUCGGGACACAUUUUACGAAUGAUUUUGAGAGAGCUACUGCUCCUAAAGAAACUACAACAAUGUCAGUGCCAACGUCAACGUCAAAGAAAGAGAAGAGUCCAGCAAUGAAUAUUGUGAUCAAAUUGCAUUGGUGUGCAGAUAAGGAAUGUGUCAAGCUGAGCGAUGAUCAUGGAAAGGAAAGUGGAAGUCCUGAAUCUGUGCUUGAAGUAAGACAGCAGAUCGCUACACUUUCAUAAUAAAUGCACGUAGUGAACACAUAUCACGCGUAUUUUAAGU